AUGGCGGCAACUUCCCGAAGAUCAAGCGCAUCAGUUCUCAGGUCCCUCUCACCGUCCGGAAGAUUCUACGGUCAUCGGACUUCAUCUUCCUCCGCCUUCGCAUCCUCCACCUCCACUUUCUCCUCCAGAUCCGCCACUUCCUUCUUCUGCAGAUCAACUUCCCCCUCGCGUGUGAACCUCCACGGUUCGCCUUCGGUUUCCGUUCCCUCCGUGCGGUUUUCUCUUGACCGUGCGACCUCUCCGAACAGAUCCGUCUCUGUUUCUUCUUCUCGCAGCGGUGGAACUAAUCGUGUUGUGCAGAGACAGAGCAGUUCGAAGAGGACGUGUAUGUGUUCUCCUACAACUCACCCUGGCUCGUUCCGGUGUAGUCUCCAUAAAGGUAUAAUUUCGCAACCUCCUGCUCUGUACUCGCCGAGUAGGUUGAAUGCUCGUAGAUCGGCGAUGACGAAUUCUCUUGUUAGAAUUGGAGGCGUUGAAGGUGAUCUCGUGAAACGAGCUCUAGCGGCUUUGAUUCGACCUUCCUCUCAUCAGCAACGUCGUCGAGUUGAUUUUAGGCCAAAACGUAGCCGGCUCUCGAUUAUGUCCAAAGCCGAUGAAACAUUAUAAUCCUUUCGGUAUGUUGAAAAUUGAAAUUGCCUAAUCUAUGAAUUUCCGGAGAUAAGACAGACAGACGUAGUUCUUCUAAUUCUCCGGCGGCGGCAGUUCGUGACGGGGCUAUCUUUUCCUCUCCGGAGACCGUUACACACAUUCAUUCAUCACUACAGAACUCUGAAAUCUCCUUUUGUACAAAUUAAUAUUUUAUACAGAUUACUGGAUGUGAAAUUGUUUGUGUUCGUCGCAAUCGGCGUUCCGAUCAGACCUAAAACUGAGAGUAAUUGGAGAAAUGGAUCACAAAUUUAAUGAAAUUCACAUGAAUUUAAGAAUUAGGGUUUGGAAAAUCCUCCAUUAGCAGUUUUGCAUUCCGUUAUCUCCACCGUUUGGUUUUACGGUUUCCGUUUCGAUAAGCAUAAACAGCGUUAAGAUGGCGUUUGGUUUGUUGCUUUGUGGCCUUUUUCUUUAUGUGUGUGUGUGUGUGUAUAUUUUACCUUCUCGUGUUUAGAAAUGUUUGUUUAUUUGUUUUUAAUGUUUGUUUUUGUUUUUUUGCAGGGAUAUGAUUGGAUUGAUUCUCGGCAGCCAUGGAUGUGGAUUCUUAUUAUUGUUUUUAGCAACAAAUACUUCAAAAUGGAGAUUUCUUUUUUGUUUUCUUAAAUCUUCACUUUGCCUUUUAUGUUCCUCUUAACAUCUGUUUUUGGUUCUUGAAUUUAUUUGUUUUCCUUAGAAAGAAAUUUCACAUUUUUUGUUGAUAGUAAAUCUGGUCCCUUAUUUUUAAAUGUUAUUCUUUUAAUGAUUUUAGAGGAAAAUUACUCAAAGUUUUGAAGAAUACGGUCCUUAGUUUUGAAAUGGAUCUUUUUCUUUCUUUUUUCUUUUUUCGAGUGAACCGAUCCUGAGUUUUCAAUUCUAUAUUUUUAGUUUUGAGGUUUCAAAAUUUGAUUUAAAAUGGAUGAACUAUUUAGGAAUAAGGUUUUGUGUUUCUAGUGGUAUUUUUAGGGGUUUUGAAAAAAUGUAACACACCAAUAUAUUUUGCAAACGGAAAAUGUCUACGCCACGUUGGAAACAAUAUCUUUUUAUAUUUGUUGAGGUUUAAAUUUUUAUAUUUUUGGUAUGGAAUAUUUAGAAAAAUAAAUGAGAGAAAAAAAUGUAAACGAAUGGAAAUUUUUGGAAUAUUUAAAGAAAUAAAUGAAAAAAAAAAAAGAGAUGGGAAGGAAGUACAUAUUUAGAAAAAAUAAAUAGGACGAAAAAGAGACCACUUGGAAUAUUUAGAAAAAAUAAAUAAGAAGAAAAAGAGAAACUUGAAUAUUUAGAGAAAAUAAACGAGAAGAAAAAAGAAAAAUAAAUUAAAAAGAAAAAUAAAAGAGAAAAAAUAAAACUAAAAGAAGGAUAAAUUUGAAAUGUUUAAAGAAAAUAAUUGAGAAAAAAAUUAUAUGAAACGGAAGAUCAAAUUUUAAAUAUUUAAAAAAUAUGGUCUCUUUCAUGUGAUUUUUUUGUUUUGUUAGAUUAAAUAUUUUGAUAUUUGGUGUAUUUAGGAAAAUUAUUUUUUUCUAUUAGCCUUUGAUCAAAUAUUUACGAAAUUAUUUUGAAAAUGAAAAAAAUUAUAUAGUACAAUUUGAAAAUAGAGUAAAGAAAAUUUUCGAAAUAGAAAAGUAUUGUAUAGAUAAUUUUAAAAAUGAAAGAAUACUAUAUAAAAUAAUUUUGAAAAUAGAAAAAUUUACCAACCUAAUAGAAAAUACAAAAAAUGUUAAUUUAAAAAAUAGAAAAAAGUUUAAAUACCUAUAAUAGAAAAUACUUAUUAUCUUUAUUUAGCUACUUUUUUUAAUUUAUAUUUGACUAUGUAAAUCUAAACGAUAUUUUUUUAAAGUUUUUUAUAAUAAAUAAUAAUUUAAGAAAAAAAGAAAAAGACGAUGAAAAGAAAAAAUAAUUAGAAGAUGAGAAAGAAAAAUGAUAAAAGAAAAGAAAAACCUCAAACAUUUUAAAAAUGGUUAAUUUCAUGAAUUAUGUUACACAUAAAGUCGUAAAUAUUUUAUCAAUUUGUUACGAAAAUUUUUACUAUUUUAUUUGUAUUUUUUAUUAUUGUUGCAAAAAUUUCUAACAUUUGUAUUAAAUAAUUUAUCUCAAUUUUACCCAACUCUUCAAAAGCUUAAAAAACAAAAAUUAAAUAUUUUAUAUAUUUAUAUAAAGACUAUGGAGCCUAAAUUUUAAAACCCAAUGAAAAAAGUAGCCUUUGGAAACUUAAAAAAACAAAUGUUUAAACUUUACCUUUUGAUAACUUAAAAAAGUAAAAAAUUUAUAUUUAGAGUUUAUAUUAAUAAAAAAAAUUAUUUUCAUUGUUUAAUCAUUUAAAAAAUAUAGAUAAAAGAUAAUUAAAAAUGAGUGGUGGUCAAAAGCCUUUACCACUCUCAUUAAAGUCUUCUUUUGAAAGGAAAGAGACCUAAACCCUUUUUCUUUUUCAAUUAGGAGAUAACAAACAAGAAAAAAAUGUCCACACAACCCCCCAAGAGGUCCAAAGGGUUAACACAGACAUUCAUCGUCCCCAAAAACAUACACUUUACUAAGGAUAAUGAUCAUAUGAUAAAAUGAUAAUUUACUUUAGUAUAUUAUUUCUAAAAUAAUUUGAUUUAAUUAAUUUGUAUAUUCUUUUUGCAAUAAUGAAAGGUGUCACAAUCAAUCAUAGUAAAGAAGGUGGGGGCCCUGCCCUCCACGUCACCUACAAUCAUCUAUUGAUAAGUUUUUCCCUUUUCUUUUUUUGUUUUUGUUUUUGUGGAUUAUAAUAAUUUACUUUGUAAAAGGAAAAGUGUGGAUAAGGCACUCAAAAUGUGGGACUUUAAUACAAUGUCACAUCAAUAAUACAAUAUGGCUUCUCUUUC